AUGGUGGAGGCUUCGGCGGAUCAAGAAGACGGCUCCUUCGACCUCUCAUCAGCCGACGACGCGGACGCAGCCGCCCUCGCCGCGCUCGCCGCGUCGGUCGCGGCCCGCCAGCCGCCCGGCACCGCCGUGGCCUGGCCGGUGCCCGCCGCGGCGGCGGCGGCGGCGCCACUUGUUCAGCAACAGCAGCAGCAGGAGCAGCAGCAGCAGCUGCCGCCGCCGCCGCCGCCAGCAGACAGCGCAGGUGCAGGGGCCAACGCCGCGGCCCCAACAGCUACCAGCACCCUGGACCUGCCCGCUCCCGCCGCCGCGGCCGCCGCAGUGCCGGGCACCGGCCCGAGCGGCGGCGCGGGCAGCCGGGGCCCCGACGACGGUCCCAACACCGCCCCAGCCGCUCUCGGCGCCGGCGGCGGCGGCGCGAGCCAGGCGCAGAUCGCCAGCCUGGCGCAGGCAGUUGAGGAGGCGCAGCAGCUGGAGGCUGACCUGUCGAAGGUCAUAACCACCGCGGCGCAAGAGCUGGGGCUCGGGCAGGAAGCUACGCAGCAGCUGACCGAUGUGCUGCACAAGCUGGAGCGGUUGGAGCAGGACUUGACCGCCGCGAUGACCAACGCGGCGCCGGAAGCUGCAGAGGCGGCGCAGCCAGCCCAGGCCAGCCCAGGCGCGGUUGCUGCAGCUGCGGAGGCGGCGGCAGAGGCGACGACGGCAGCGGCGGCGCCGGCGAUGCCGACGCAGCGCCAGGAGGCGGCCGUGGUGCCGGCCGCUGUGGCCGCAGCCGCGGCUCCCCAGGCAGCGGCCGCGGCAGCAGGAGCAACAGCAACAGCGGCGCCGGCGGAAGCAGCUCAACCAGCGGCGGCGGCGGCAGCGGCAGCGCCCGCGGCCCCCUCGAUGGACAGCGCGAAGCUCUGGGCGCUGUUCGUCCUCGGGAUCUCCUACGUCCACCAGGCGACCACCGGCUUCGCGCUGCCGGCGAUGCUGCCAAUGAUCUCGCCGGAUCUCCGCCUCUCCGACUUCCAGGGGGCGAUGCUGACCAGCGGCUACUCAUACCUCUACGCCCUGGCGCUCGUGCCCGUUGGACUUCUGGCAGAUCGCGUGUCGCGCCCGAAGCUGCUCGCCGUCGGGAUCGUGAUCUGGAGCGCGCUCAGCAUGGCGGCGUCCAAGGCGGGAAGCUUCUCUGACCUGCUGCUGACUCGCGUCGGGUUCGCGGCGGCGCAGGCGGCGCAGAACCCGGUCAGCUUCAGCCUGAUCCCGGAUCUGUUCCCCGACAACAAGAGCACGGCGCUGGCGGCGUACAACUGCGCGAUCUACCUCGGACGGUGCGCGCGCGGCGCCGCGUUUCCCCAGGCGCUCACGGGCUCGGGCCCCUGCCCUUGCCGAGCGGGCCCGCGCAGUCGCUGCCUGCCGUGCGCCCGCAGCGCCCAAUUUUGUCCCCUCCCGCAUCCCUGCCCCACAACAGGGCCCUGA